AUAAUUUAUAAGAAUAUAUUUUCUCAAGAGAGAUCUACAAAACCACGUAAAUCCGUCAGCAUUACCGUCGUCAUACUAAGCCAUCGCUUUUUAAUGGUCUUGUAGAACCAGUUCGCCAUCAGCGAAAGUGGGAUAAUUGCCACCUAGAAUAUAUGGCUAAGUAUCUAGAUACAUAUAUAUUAUGGCCGUAGUAUGGAACUGCUGCCUCUUACAACUGGAAGUGGAGUCGCCGUCGAGCCAAAGGCUAAGUAAUACGGUCGAAAUUAAUGCAUUUUCGGGAUAGGGUAUCGCAUCAGAUGACUCGAAUGAUUUAGGCACCUUGUACGACCACAACAAGUCUAAUGCGACCAAACUCGUUUACUUACUAAUUGUACCGAAAACAGAGUAGGAAUAAAUAAACUAAAUAAAUAUAAAACAACAAAACAAUGAAAUGAUUUUAAAAGUUAUACAUUCAAGGGUACCAUUUCGAAUAAAUUUACCGGAGACCAGACAGAAUCGUCAUUUCAAUCAGAGCAUUCAAAGAAAACGGUUCUUGUCAUCACAUUUUGGAAUUAAAUCAUCAAGAUGCUUAUCAAAGUUGCCAAGUUCCUGAGCAUUGUAGCCGUGCUCCUUUCAGCAGUUGAAGGAGCCAAAUAUCUGGCAGAGAAACCCGACUUUCUAACACCUUGUGCUGUGGGCGAUGCCAACUUUAAUGUCUGUCUGACCAAAAACUUCCAGAGUUUCUUCCGUCAGUGGAAGGAUGGAAUUCCCGGCUACAAUGCCGUGGGAUCCUUUGAUCCACUCUACAUCAAGAGGGUGAAAUUUGCCCAGGAUGCCAGCAGGCAAAUAGCCAUCAAUGCCGAUCUGAAGGAAGUCAAUGUAGCAGGUGCUGGUCAAGCGUUAGUCAUAGAAUCCAGCUGGGAUCCCAAUCACUAUGUAGCCAAAGCUUUGAUCUCCGUUCCCAAGCUGCGUUUCAAUUUCGAUUACAAAGUCAAAGGACAUGUGGUAGCCCUGAAUCUCAAUGGUCAUGGCAAGGGUUACUUUGAAGCUGAAAAUGCUCUGUUAUUCUUGGAAAUGGCUGUCAAGCCGCUGGCCACAGCGGAUGGAUAUUUCGCUGAUGUGCAAAGUGUAAAGGUAAAUUUCCGCGAGAUCAAGCAAUUCCGCAUCAAGUUGGAAAAUCUCUUUGGCGGCAACAAGGAUCUGGAGGACACCGCACACACUUUGUUCAACGAAAACUGGCGCGAAUUCUAUGAGGUCCUGCGUCCAGCUGUGGAGCAAACAGUUGGCGGAGUGCUCCUGGAUCGGUUCAAGAAGACUUUUGCCUAUGUACCAGCUACCUAUUUGAUUAAGGACUUCCAUUAAAAGCAACGCAGAGAAAAAGUAGCUCAAAGUCGCGUACUUUCAAUGUUAUAUUUUUGGGUUCUUGUGAUGUACCUUUUAAUAUUAAAUAAAUAGUGAGAAUGUGUUGGAGUUUAUAACAGA